AUGUACAACACCAUUAUAAUUCAUUCCUGUAUUUCCCAGAUUGUCUCAACUAAGUUUUAUGUUGUAAUUAUUUCAGGUGAUUUUAUAUUGGAAUAUCUGGGUGAAGUUGUAAGUGAACAAGAAUUUCGAAGGAGAAUGACAGAAGAUUAUUCUAAAGAUUGUCAUCAUUAUUGUUUAAGUUUAGAUUCUGGAAUGGUUAUAGAUGGAUAUCGCAUGGCCAAUAUUGGACGUUUUGUUAAUCAUUCUUGCGAACCAAAUUGUGAAAUGCAAAAAUGGACAGUAAAUGGUUUAUAUCGGAUGGUUUUAUUCGCGUUACGUGAUAUAGAUCCAAUGGAAGAAUUAACGUAUGAUUAUAAUUUUGAUUCUUUCAACAUGGAGACACAGCAAGUAUGUAAAUGUGGAAGUGAAAACUGUCGAGGUGUUAUUGGAGGUAAAACUCAGAAAAAUAAUCAAAUUAAAGAAAAAUUAUCAUCUACACGUCCUGUAGGUCGACCACCUAAAGAUAAACGAAAAUCAAAAUAUAAACUGAAAAAAUUUAAAGAUAAAGUAAAACCUACUAGUGCUAAUAAUAAACUUUUAAAUCAUUCUGUGAUAAAACCCAUGUCAAAUCGUGAACGGACAUAUUGUAUUAAACAUGGCGUGUUUCUUAUACGUAAUGUAGAACGUACAAAACAUAAACAGUUAAAACAAGAUGGUGUAGAGGUAAAAGAAACGUGUAAUAUCUCUACUACUGUUAAUAAUACAGAUAAUAAUAAUAUUACUACUGUGAUAAAACCAGGUUAUCAGUUAACUCAGAGAGAAGAUAGAUCAGUAAAAACACGGCUAGUAUCGAGAGUAGAAGAUAAUCCUGAACUUCAGAAACGAUGUCAAUUAAUAAAAUUAUUUAAUAAAGUUUAUGAUACAGUUGCUAAUUAUAAAGAUGAAGAUGAUAAUAUUCUAGCCACACCCCUGAUGAAUUUACCAAAUAAAAAGAAAUGUCCUGAUUAUUAUAAAAUAAUAGAUGAACCAGUAGAUUUAACCACGAUACGAAAUCAGAUACAGACUGGAGAAUACGAGACGUUAGAUAGUUUAGAUAAAGAUGUUUUACAAUUAUUUAGAAACGUAGAGAGAUAUUGUGGUCGGAAAUCUGAUAUGGGUAGAUUGGUAUUAAAACUACGUAAAGUUUAUUGUUCAGCCAAGAAUGAAGUUAUUCCAUUAAUAGAUGAUAUUUUAUCUGAUGGACAGAUUGUUUCUAACACCCCUCCUAUAGCUCCUCCAGAAAUAGAUACAGAGAGUAUAGAAAACAGGGCUAUUAGAGAUCCUCCAGAUGAAGAAGAAGAGAUUAUCCGAUGUUUAUGUAAUGUUUUCAGAGAUGAAGGUUUGAUGAUUCAGUGUGAAAAAUGUUUUAUUUGGCAACACUGUGAUUGUGUAGGGGCUACAGGUAAUGAGGAGUAUUAUGUUUGUGAAAAAUGUGACGGACGGACGUAUGAUAAGGAAAUCAAGUUAGUGCCCCAACCAACAGACGGAGAUAGUGAAAACGAUUAUUAUAUGACGUUAUUACGAGAUGAUCUCCAGGUGGCGAUAGGAGAAUGUGUUUAUAUUUUACGUGAUUAUAAACGUAACUCUGAUGGUACUCCUGAUAUACGACCUCUCUCAGAUUACACUAAUAUCACCCCUGAUAAACUUGACAUCUUUAGAAUUGAACGACUCUGGAAAAAUAAAGCUGGUGAAAGAUUUGCCGAUGGUCAUCCGUUUGUUCGACCUCAUGAAACAUUUCACGAACCAACCCGUAAAUUUUUCCCCAAUGAGUUAUUUCGACUACCUACUCUAGAGAUAGUACCAGUGGAAGUUAUGGUGGGGACAUGCUGUGUUAUGGAUCUAUAUACCUACUGUAAAGGUCGACCCAAGCUAGUAAAAGAAAAAGAUAUUUAUAUUUGUGAAUAUCGUGUUGAUAAAACAGCUCAUCUCUUUUAUAAAGUUGUUAAAAAUUGGUAUCCUAUCAACACCAAAUCUUACUGUUUCAAUACUUUUAAAGAAAAACUUAAUGCUAAAAGAACUUAUUCUCCCCAUCAGGUUCCUGAAGAAUAUUUAAGACGAACAGAUAAACAAAGUUCCACGUCGAAAUCUUCAACUGAUAAUUCUAGUAAAAAUACAGAUAAAAAUAAAACAGAGGAUAAAAAUAGUAAAAAAUCUAAUAAAACAACUAAAAUAAAGAAAAGAUUAUCAGUAAGUUUUAGUUUGUAG